UCUCCUUUCUCAAAAAAGCCAUGACGGCGAUCCCGCGAUCCAUCUUCGCCUCUGUGCAAUCUUUAUAUUAUUUCUAAUUUAUUUUGUUGUGGUUUUUGUUUUUUUGUUUUUGUUUUUUGUUUUUGUUUACCCUGCCUGCUUGUGGAUGUCAAAAAUUUUGGAUGAAGAUCAUUUUUGCCCCACCGGAGUCUCCACUCUCACCCCGGCUCUCCCCGAUGUGAUCCGCGCUGAACGCAGCCGCCGACAGCCACCAUGUCUCGCCGCAAGCAAGGCAAACCCCAGCAUUUAAGCAAACGGGAUUUUUCGCCAGCUGAGCCGCUCUCCACGGCCGUCGUCUCCUCGGAAGAGCUGUCGGAGCGCUGCUCGGAGCAUUCAGAGGAGAGCGGCAGUCUCAACGGGCACCACCCUGGCUCCGCCGUGGGCCGGCUGGCCCGACUGGGUCACGACGCCCACCCCACUCCAGAGCAGGACCUGCUGACCUGCGGUCAGUGCCAGGCCACCUUCCCCCUGGCGGAUAUCCUGCUCUUCAUUGAGCACAAGAGGAAGCGAUGCCAUGGGCCGCCCUGCCUUGCUGUGGGCAGGGGGUUGGACAAGCCCCCCUCGCCCUCCCCAGGCCUGGCCCUAACGCCCUCACCCGCUUUAAGCUGUCUGCGCAGCAGAAGACCCGUGGAAGUGGGUGUCCAAGCCACUCUGGCAGACGAAGACGAUGAUCGGUUCUCAACGCCCCGGGGGAUUUUCCCCAAACAGGAGCCCCUCCCAGGUAAGGAGGAACCUACUACCUAUACCUGCACUACAUGUAAGCAGUCCUACGGCAGCGCCUGGUUCUUGCUCCAGCAUGCUCAAAACUCCCACGGCUUCCGGAUUUACCUUGAAAGUGACCAUGGUAGUCCCCUCACCCCCCGGAUGGGUGGACCCUCCUCUCUCGGUGGUGGCGCUGACCUUCCCUCUCAACCUCCUCUUCAUGGCCUCCAUUUGCCUCCUGAUGCAAGCCCUUUCAAUCUUCUCCGUAUCCCUGGCUCAGGCUCAGGUGGAAGGGACAGUAUUGGACCAGGAGGUGGUGUUGGCACUGGUGGGGGUGUUGGCGGGGGCCAUCAUCAGCGCUUUCCUCCAACACCACCUCUCUUCAGCCCCCCUCCAAGGAAUCACCUGGAUCCUCACCACCUGAGCCCAGAGGAGCUGGCGCUGGCAGCCCACCAUCCGAGUGCCUUUGAUCGGGUGCUGCGCCUCAAUCCUCCUUUGCCUCUAGACCCCCCUCCAACAAUGGACUUCUCAAGGAGACUACGGGAACUGGCGGGCAACACCUCAGGGUCCACACCACCACUAUCUCCCAGCCGGCCCAGCCCCAUGCAGCGCUUACUCCAGCCAUUCCAGACAGGAGGAAAUGGAAGCACUGGAGGUGUAGGAGGAAGCAAACCACCAUAUCUUGCUACUCCUCCACCUCUUUCUGGCUCCAUGGAAUCACCUGUAGGUUCUCAGACCACUCCUUCAACCCCUCUCCCCUCAGCUGGGGCAACAUCCUCUUCCAACACACAGAUGAAAACAAAGUGUUGUGAGUUUUGUGGCAAGGCCUUUAAGUUCCAGAGUAAUUUAAUCGUCCACAGGCGCAGUCACACAGGAGAGAAGCCGUACAAAUGUCAUUUAUGUGACCAUGCAUGCACACAGGCCAGCAAGCUAAAACGCCACAUGAAGACACACAUGCACAAGUCAUCUUCCCCUAACACUGGCAAGUCAGAGGAUGGUCUAUCAACAACCUCGUCUCCAGAACCUGGUACCAGUGACCACAUGGGCAGUGCAAGCAAUGCCCUCAAGUCAGUGGUGGCCAAGCUAAAGAGUGAAAAUGACCGCAUGAUACGUGAAAAUGGAGAGGAGGAGGAAGAGGAGGAGGAGGAGGAAGAAGAGGAGGAUGAGGAGGAGGAAGAAGAUGAGGAGGAGGAAGAGGAGGGAGAGGAAGAGGAAGUGCAGAAUGGAGAGAGGAUUGGCAGAAGAGCCAACAAUAGCUAUCACUUUGGACUGACUCUUGAGACAGCGCGGCAGCAUGAGAGCAAUGCUGGUGUUGGAAGUCGACUGGGAGGCGUGGCUGAAGAGGGGUCUAUCCCUCGGUCUCUGCCAGAGGUGAUGCAAGGCAUGGGACUGGCCGCUAGCAUGCAGCACUUCAGUGAAGCCCUUAAUGCGCACAAACGAAACGCAAUGGCCCAGGAGAACCACCUACACCACCAUUUCAGUCGAGACCAUCACCACAACCGGAACAAGUGUGACAGAGAUUCUGUGCUUGAAACAGAUAGAGGAGAAGAAGGUUCUGUGUCAACAGUGAACGGUCGAGGAGCAUCUCCUAAUGAAUCUGCCUCUGUUGGCCUCUCCAAGAAACUGCUUCUGGGAAGCCCUAGUCCACUCAGUCCUUUCACAAAACGCAUUAAGCUGGAAAAAGAAUUUGACCUGCCCACGCCCACAAUCCCCAACACAGAGAACGUGUACUCUCAGUGGUUGGCUGGUUAUGCUGCCUCCCGACAACUCAAGGACCCAUUUCUGAACUUUGGGGAUUCAAGACAAUCGCCCUUUGCAUCAUCAUCUGAGCACUCAUCAGAGAAUGGCAGUCUGCGGUUCUCAACCCCUCCCGGGGAACUGGACGGUGGGAUGUCAGGCCGCAGCGGGACAGGUAGUGGGGGCAGCACGCCACAUCUUGGGGGUCCUGGGCGACCCAGUUCCAAGGACGGACGCAGGAGUGACACUUGUGAAUUCUGUGGUAAGGUGUUCAAGAACUGCAGUAACCUGACAGUGCACCGGCGCAGCCACACAGGGGAGAGACCGUACAAGUGCGAGCUGUGUAAUUAUGCCUGCGCCCAGAGCUCCAAACUUACUCGCCACAUGAAGACCCAUGGCCAGGUGGGCAAGGACGUGUACAAGUGUGAAAUAUGUCAGAUGCCCUUCAGUGUCUACAGCACUUUGGAGAAACACAUGAAAAAAUGGCACAGUGACCGUCCUUUGAGUACCGAAAUAAAAUCAGAAUAGAAGGCCGAACAAUGGGACCUUUCCCCCGCAGCUAUAAUCGCCAUCAGUCCCCUGUUUAUUCCCAGCCCCUUGUAGAUUUGCCUCUAUCCCAACACUCCACUUUCACCAGCCUGGUGAAAGCAGAAGACCAUGUGCUCUGCACCAGCACACCCAGUUUUCAUUAACCAUUGAAUGCAUGAUUAGUAUCGGGGCAAUACUCUCGCAUUGACGCAAAACUUCGAGCCUUUCUCUUGUGCAAUAAUUUACAUGUGUACUAUUUUUCUUUUGAGUUUUCAUUUUCCAUUUUUAAGAAUUAGUCGGCAUGCUUAGUAUGUUUUUGCUUAUCAAAAAACAAAAAGGAAAAAAAAACUUGUCCCUGCUGGUUAGUUGUUGAGUAAAUGUGUUGCUGUUUUUCUCUUGUUCAUGUUUUUAUUUUUUAUUUUUUUAAUUGUCCAAAAAGAGAAAAGACAAGAAAAAUACAUCCAUGCUGCAUACAGUCUGUAACACAUAUCAUGUACAGUUUUGCUUUGUGACAUGGAAAGUGAACAGUCUUACUUGACCCACUUCUUGCAACCCUGAAAAUGCACUAAACUUGAUCUUUUGAAAAGAUUCCAUGUUUCCACAGGGUUUAAAAAAUUAAAGGAAUAAAGAAAUUGCUCAUUGGCUUGACAACUAAACAGAAAGUGAGGCCAGGCUUCAAAUUUUCUAUCUAAAAAAGAAAAUGUGCCAACAGCCUAAUUUGUACUAUCAUUCGGUGGAAUAAGAAAGAGUGCCUUUGAUAUCUCAAGACUGCAUUGGCCAUAAUCUUAUCUGGUAUAAGUUUGGGCUCGCACUAGAUGAAGCUAAAAAGGUUAAAGCCACCCAGUUAAGGUCUUUGCAACUGUGACAACUCAUGAUGAAAGAUCAGAAUCAUCAUUUAGCUACCUAUUAUUUGUGGAAUAGGUUUUCUUCAAUGUGUGGAUUUCAUUGCAAGCAUGGUACAAGCAGUAUUGUGUAUAUCUAAGUUAUUUGUAGUUUUGUUUCUUGUACGGAGGUACUUUUGAAAUAAAAGGUCAUUUGUAAUGUACAAUCCUGAACUUGAGGGAUACGGCGCAUGGCUGACAUGUCGUGUAUCUGCGUUAGCACAAACCUACAACGCUGCUUCAAUAUGUCCGUGUGUGGAACAAUGCAUAAAGUCAUUUAUGAGCUCCAAGCUAAGCUAACUUUAUUUGAGAGCAUUGAAAUACUUACAAGCUAGAUCAACGGAAAGCUACAGAAAAACUGGAAAUAUUACGGGGAUCAGAGGCAAUGUGUUUUUGUUUCUAAUAUCAAAACAGGGUCAUCAACUACGACUUGCAGAAAAAAAACAAGAGACAGUUGCAAAAACUAUAUACAUGUACUCUGGGGCUCUUUAAACGUUGUUAAUCAGUAUGCAUAGGCUAAUGCAGGGCACCCUUUUUGUUGCUUUUAAUUACAAUUUAAAAAAAGUUUUUAGUUUUUCUAAUUCCAUUCAUGCUGUUCAUGGUACAUGUAGAAGUCGUAUUACUCUGCUUGAGAGUAAACGGAAACAUUUCUCGUGUCCCACACCAGUGAAAAAGGGGUGGAGUCAAAAAGCUAGAUUGUCAUUUAUAGGGCGAAUGAAGUGCACUGUUUCAGUUUUCCCAGUUUACAAAUAUACGCUGAAGGGGAAAAUGUAAUUCUAAUGCUGUCAAAAUUACCAGGGUCGAGUUGUUGCAAGAAUUGUUUGCUGGCGAUUCUGCAUUCACUAACCCUUGACCUCUGUAGCCUUGCCAUAUCAACUUUACCUAUUUUUCAGUUUGUUUCCCUGCAAACCCAAGCACUUAGCCUCACCAGCAAGGUCUGUAAAUUAAAAGACAUAAAAAAAACCUUCCUGUUCUGACUUUCAGUCACAACCAACAGAUAAUAUAAAGGUGAAUAAUUUACAGACCUUGCUGCCUGUAGAACAGACUUUCAAAUAAUAUCGCGCCCACGUCCUUUCUUGGUAUAAAACCGAAGGUGUUCAUUGGUACAAAGAGAACCACUUUUUGCAAAAAACACUAUAUCAGUUUUGUUGUCAUUUCUCUUUUCAUCAGAAUUAUGAUCUUUGUAGAGACUCCAAUCACAGUGUGUGUGAAAUGACACAAGAAAACAUGAAAAAAAGAAGAAGUCAUUAUUAUUAUUUAUUUUUUUAAGUUUAUUUUUCAUUUUGCCUUGGCUCUUCACAGCUCUUCAGGUUGAGAUACAAUUUGCAUCGGGGAAAGGACUAAGAUUAUAUAUGGAUAUAUAAUAAAGAACUUAAAUAUAGGAAAAUGCACAGUCAUGUCAAUUCCUAUGCUUAAACACAUUUAUGGUCUACUUUUUCUGUAUUUCUAGAAUUGUAUUUGAAUUCAAUGUUCACUUAGAGUAGGCACUAUAGUAUUUAUAUUGAGGCUCGUAUUUUUAACUGUUGCUUGUUCUCUCUGAAAGGUAUUUACCAUACCUUCUUUUUUGGUAGUGGAAAAAAAUUCUAAGCUGCCACGGUAUAUUUUUUUAAUUUGGCAGGAUAAUAUAGUGCGAAUUAUUUGUAUGUUUAAAGAAAUAAAAAGGAGGCGCAAAAAUCCCAUUAAAAAAGCAGCCAAGGUGCGUGGCGCUGCGAGGGGUGGCAGGCCAUCAGAUGGCCGCAGCUCCGCCUCCUGUCCACAGAGGCGGUUGUACAUAUCUUCUUUGCUUUUUUCUUUUUUUUUUGGGUUGGCAAUUCUCUCCCCUCCCCUGCUGCCAUUCUCGUAUGCAGUAAUGAAAGAUGACGUCGGCCGGUUCUGUUUCGUGCUUCUGUCUCUCCCACCUGACAACAUUCCAACAUCCAGAAGAGAGGAAAAACUAAAUAAAAAAAAUCAUAUGCAGUACAUGGAUUAAAAAAAAAUGUAAAAGAAAUACAGUUAAAAAGAAAUGAAAUGUUUUGCAGUUUUUUUUUCAUUGCCAAAUACUAAAUGGUGCUUUAUAUUUAGAUUGGGUGAAUAUACUUUGAUAUGCAAAGCAUAUUUAAGAAUGACCAGGGAGAUGUGGAGAAGCCUGCUUGAGUUGAGACUUUUUUGUAAAUGGCAAUGUGGAAUAUUUUAUCAGCUUUUUCUAUUCCUGUUCUGAGAGCUGUUUGUUGUAACUUGAACUUGAACUUUAUCUUUUACAAUGGGAGUUACUAUUUAUUAUUAUCUAAAUGCUCUGUUUAAAACAGAGACAUGGAAUGGAGUCUUAUUUUGGUUUUAUUUUACUUUUUGUUUUGUUUUAUAAUUUUCUUUUGUAACUGUGGCCGAUGGUCAAUGGACAAAGCCGAGCUCUUUGAUUUUUCUGUUGUACUUGUUUGGGAUUUCUGUUCAGUUGUAUUGGGAAAACCACUGUCUGUGUUUUUCUGGCAGAUGUCUGCAUAAUCCUGUUCACACACCCAUUUUGUCCCUUUAUUGAAAAACAGUUAAUAAAAAAAUGAAAGUUUAAUGACA